AUGGAUUCUUCAAUAAAGUAUCAUUCUGUGUGUAGCAGUUCCAAGGUCCCAUUGAAGAGUCUCGGGCUUUUAACUACUCCAUCAUCCAUCCAAUCUACUACAAGGAACAAGGAAGAAGAAUCGGUUGCCCCAGCUUCAGCAAAUUUAAAGGAAAGACGUGAUGGGUUGACAUUUCCAAAGUUAACUAUCAGUCCUAUUCGAAGAUUUCAGUUACUUGACUCUGAUUCUGAUGACCCCUCAGACCACGAGGAUACAGUUCUCGUAUUCAAACACCUGCAUUUGAUGAGGUAUGUAAAGAAUAUUUUCAAUCUUUUGAAUGAUAAGAAUGUUUCUCAGAAAUGUGGGAAAGAUACGAGUGCUUCCCAGAAAUACGUGAGCCAAAAGGUGGAGCAACUCCAGGAUUUAAAUGACCCCUUGCCUCCAGCACAUCGCUACUUUUUCCAUGCCGAUCCAAAGAUCCAGAAAUUAGUCCGUAGCUGCUUACCCUUCUUUACCCCCUUGAGCAUGGUCAACAACGGACAACAUCAACAAUCUAAUGUCUCAGUUAUGGAUUUUACGAGUCAAUUCAGAAAAGGAGAAUCAUCAAAACAGAGAGGAGCUCAAAAAGCCAGUGGCAACAACGGCUCAACAAAUAGAAGAAACAAAUCAAAGAAACCAAAUGCUGAAAAUGAUGCAUUUGAAGGAUGGGUAAUUCCGCAAAGCAGCGGAGCUAUUCCAAAGAAUGCUGGGAAGAGAAGAGUUCAUGCUAGUGGCAGUCAAUCUGCUGGCCACUGGUAUACAUCUCCCGAGGGGAGGAAGGUUUAUGUUACCAGGACCGGUCAGGAAUUGUGGGGUCAAAUGGCAUAUAGGCAUUAUCGGAAGGAGAGUGGAGGUGGCUUUAGAAAGUCGAAAAAGAAAAGCAACACAAAGAAGAAGAAAGGAUGA